AUAUCUGGUUGUGCUACUUAGCUGCCUGUGACAUACGAUAAUAAAGUUUUUAAUUAUGUAGUUAAGUGUAUCAGUGUUGUGAUAGAAAGUGUACUUGGAAAAACCAAGGUUACAUUCGAUUUUCUUCAAAAUCUCGUUGACUGACACACAAACGUAUGAACUUGUAUAUCAUUGCCAUAGUUCUACUGACAAUUGCAUAUGGCUACAAUGUUUCGUUGUUACCAUGUCCGUAUUUGAUUACUAAAUUAUGGAAAUUUUUUAUUAUUAUGUACUACAGAUUUAUAUCUACUAUCACAGCCUUAAAAAAUUGGAUAUCGUGAUGUAUUACUUGCUGUGGAAAGUUAUACCUGCCAAAUUCACAAGCCAACUGUUUGUAGAUUGUUAAAGAUAUUUGUAAGCAACGGCAAAAAUGAUUCAUCAUCUUUUGCGUUUGUCAAUUCAAGUGGGGUUUGUGUUGGCAGUUACCUGCACUAGUUAUGUUAAUGCGGAUAUAUUGGUAUUCUCAGCAAAGGACAGUCACAGGGUUGAGCAAGAUUUUAAAGACUUGCCUGCAAGGUUUGGUGGAUUUAUACCUCCGGAAGGGAUCAAGGGUCUAAUCGUGUAUGCGGAACCCUCUACAGCAUGUCAGGUCAUAAAAGGUCCACCAAAUAAUCCAGACUAUGAUGGAUACGAUUGGAUAGUUUUAAUUGCUCGUUUGAAUUGCAGUUUUGAACAGAAAAUAAGAAAUGCACAAAAGGCUGGUUAUACUUCUGCAAUUGUUCAUAAUGUUAAUAGCAAUGACCUAGAACCAAUGUCUGCGAAAUAUUCAACUAAUAUAACAAUUCCAUCAGUUUUUGUAAGUGAGUUUACUGGUUCAGUACUUAAAAAUGUUUAUUCGUAUCAAGACGAUUACUUUGUUAUAAUUAACGAUUUGCCAGUCAAUAUCAAUACUCAUCUGCUGUUACCGUUCGCCGUUGUCGUUGGCAUUUGUUUCCUAGUCAUGGUUACUUUUAUGGUUGUAAGGUGUAUAAAAGACAGACGUAGGGCACGUAGAUAUCGAUUGCCUAAUUCUAGCCUAAAGAAAAUACCAACGCACAAGUAUACAAAGGGUGACCCAUACGAAACAUGUGCUAUUUGCCUCGAGGAUUAUGUUGAAAACGAAAAAUUGCGAAUUUUGCCCUGUGCACAUGCGUAUCAUACAAAAUGCAUCGAUCCUUGGCUAACAAAGAACCGUCGUGUCUGUCCAGUUUGCAAACGCAAGGUUUUUGCGUCGGAUGAGCGUGUGGAGACGGACUCAGACAGCGAUUCUGAUGGGAUUGAUGACUCUACACCUCUAAUUCGUGAUGCAAGCAGAAGACCCACCACCCAAGGUGGCACCUUCGAGCCUCAAUCAGACAACCCAUUUAGAUACCAGUUACAUAACAGAAAUCUCCAAGAGCAGCGACGUGACUCUCAGAACUCAGGUGACAGCAGCAGCUAUUUUACGGAACCACCUAGCGUGGGUGUUUCGUCUGACGGUGAUGAUCAGAUUACUGGUGACAAACAAGCAGUUGAGCAUAUCCAAAUUGAGGUCGAGACAUCUACAAAUGUUGUGAUGAGCAAGCAGGUUGCUUCAAAUAAAACAACUUUUGUGGCUUCCAAAAGCCGCAGCCUAAACGGUGGAACUCCGGAUUUUGACACUUCAGUUGAUACUACAAGACCGUACACAGUAAGUCUUUCGGUGGAGGUGGAUAAUGAUAUGGUAGCGAUUACUUAUCCUAUGAGAACAUCCGCUGUAAUUGGUACUGUCACUCAUCCCCCAACUUCUGAUAUUCCAACAACAUCCAAAGACAAUGUUAACAUAGUAUAGUUUUAUGUAUAAUAUUGUAAGUUGGUGUUUUCGAAGAACUAAAAUAUUACUUUCCUAAUUUAUUAAGAAUCUGUCAUUUACAAAAUUCAAUGUUACUUUCAAGUGAACUUACAUUUUGAAAGAACUUGAUUUAACUGAUUAGUAAGAAUUUGUGACCCGUUUUAACAUUUAGUAACCAGACAUUUCUUACGGUACAAUACAUACUCAUCAUACGAUGCAUUAAGAUCUUGCAGAAGUAGAGACUGUGUAUUAAAACAAAAAUUUAUUAUUACGUUAAAAUUUUUUUAACGAAAAUUAGUAAAAUAAGUCAAGUGUAAAAAGUCUUAUAAAACUUUUAAAUAGGAAAAUUCACUAGCAUUCGUUUAUUACGGAAAUUAAAAAAUUUAAAUUUAGGUAUACAUGAAUUAAUCUAAUGUUGGAAACAAACAAAAUGAUUGAAUACAUUACGUUAUGAAUAAGAAGAUUUUACAUGAUUACGAGACAAAGUAUGAAAGUAAUUGUGAAUUCAGUAGAUUUCUUUGUUGUCGCUUCAAAGCCUGUGAUCUAGGGGUGUAAAUAUUACAUUGCAUCGAAAUGCAGUGAGCAUAUUUAUUUUUUUUGUAAUUAUAUGUAAAUGUAAAACAUAUGCGUACCAAGUAUUAAAUUUGUUUGUAA